UUUCACUUCCCCUCAAACUAUCACAGAACAAAUCUAUCACUCACCAAACUUAGAAGGAGCUUACACCAUAUAACCAUGGCUCCUUCCAAGGUUUUUCCAAUCACCUUCUUCUUCGUCUUCUUCUUCACCUUCUUCUCUGUCUUCAUCACUCUCUCAAAAGCUCAGAUGGUUCCGGCCAUUUACGUGUUUGGUGACUCCUUAGCCGAUGUGGGUAACAACAAUUACCUAAAGAUCUCUCUUCUCAAGGCUAAUUUCCCUCACAAUGGUGUUGAUUUUCCCAACAAGAAAGCAACCGGCAGGUUUGGAAAUGGCAAGAAUUCUGCCGAUUUUCUUGCGGAGAAAGUUGGGUUGCCAACAUCACCACCCUAUCUCUCACUUGUAUCCAAGUCCAACAAGCAAGAUUUGUCCUUUGUCGCCGGAGUUAGCUUCGCCUCCGGAGGGGCUGGAAUCUUCAAUGGCUCAGACGAAAAAUUUCGGCAGUCAAUUCCUUUGUCAUAUCAAGUAAACUACUAUUCACAAGUGUAUGAAGACAUCGGGCUGGAAUUGGGAUCCAACGGUGCCCAGGACCAUCUGUCAAAAUCUCUGUUUGUCAUUGUGAUUGGAAGCAACGACAUCUUCGCCUACUUCGACUCAUCCAAGCUCCGCGAGGAAUCAACACCCAACCAGUACGUAGAUUCCAUGGUCUCAAGUCUGAAACAGCAAUUAGAGAGAAUAAAUUCUAUGGGCGCUCGAAAAUUUGUAGUUGUCGGGACUGCGCCAGUUGGAUGCUGCCCAGCUCAAAGGGUUUCGAAUGACGGAGAGUGCAACGACGAUGCAAACUCCAUGUCUAUCCGCUACAACAACGGCCUUAAGUCGAUGUUACAGCAGUCGGAAGCGGCAUUGCACAUUAAAUUCACCUUCUUUGAGACGUACGGUGUCUUCUCGGACAUCAUUCAGAACGGAGCUUCUUGCGGAUUUACAGAGACCGAAGCGGCAUGCUGUGGUUUUGGAAAGCUUAACGCCGACUCUUUUUGCCUGCCGAUUUCAUCUUUGUGCCCCAACAGAACGGAUCAUGUCUUCUGGGACAAAUUCCAUCCUACAGAGGCAACUCAUCGUAUCUUGGUGGACAAACUUUUCGAUGGUCCUUCACAAUACACAUUCCCAACGAAUGUGAAGGAGUUAAUUGCUCAAUAACAGCUCAAGGAAAAUUCAUAUGCAAUAGAAAAUUCCACAUGUAACUUUAGCAUGUUCAUAGAAUACAUACAGAUGUAGUUCUUAGGCUAAAUGCAUGUGCAGAAAAAGAACAGAGAAUGAAUGAUGUUUUUCAUUCAAACGAAACAAUUAUAUGCCAGAAUCAGGGGCUUCACUUCACAUGAUAUAAUUUAAAGGAAAUUUAGGAUUGAAUUGUUUGUUGUCUGCAUUCUUCUUUCUUUGGAGGUGAAUAGGGAGCGGAUCCACUCUCGCUUCUAUGUACAAGAUGACUCACGCCAACACAUA